AUGUUUGUACUGAUAGAUAAUGUCCUCGCCUACCUUCUUGAACAAGACGAUCUAUUUGUAACCGCACGCUUCGCUAUCCAGGGCCAAAUCGUCUCAAGAAGAGUUAACAAAAUACAUAUUUCCAACAUCACUGAUGUCCUCCUACAACAGUUCAUAAGUCACACACAGCCUUAUAAUGACAAUAUCAUCCCAAAAAAAACUCUCGACAGCAUGAGAACCGCCGUACGGCAGUUGCUGGAAGCAACUGCCUGUGUCUCUAGAGAAUGCCCCCUCGUGAAAAGAAGCCAGGACAUAAAAAGAGCAAGAAAACGUCUACUCAGUGACUGGUAUAGGCUCGGCGCUGACGCAAAUAUGGAUGCCGUAUUGCUAGUAGUUAACUCCGCCUGGAGGUUUCUGGCGGUCUGGCGACCCUUUGUAAACUCAAUUCAACACGCAACUCAAGAAUUGUAUCAAAAAAUCGCCCAUUACCUUCUUUAUGGCAAUGUCGAUAUACAAAGGGUCACAGCACUAAUACAGCUCGUAAUGGGAGAGGACCAUUUACUUUUUAGUAUGGAUGAAGUCCUACAAGAGGUCAUCAGAAUACACCUCUAUUUGGAUAAGAUGCUCCCGCACGACACACACAAAAAAUGGCAAAAGCCAUCCCCCUUUGACUCCGCAAACUUACUACUUAACUUCAGAGACUGGACAACUGACAAGGCUCUCCUCCAAGAGUUGCUACUCUCCUAUCCCACAAAUAAUCACAAACACAAAAAUCUCUCCGUCCCUCGUCUAAUUCAAAUUUGGUUAGAGUCCUACUGGCAAGAAAGUGAGGACACGUUAAACAAUAUCCUUCAUUUCUGGUACUGCCACUUGGCUACGAAUUAUGAAUACCAGGACCUUUUUGCAGACGUCGUUCAACUGUUUAUAAACAAAAAAAGUACUAGACAAUUAAAGGUGCAUAACAUCGGUUUAACUGAUCAAGUAAAGGAAGAAACCAACCCCCCCAUAGACUACACAAAUUUAUUUGUUGAAUACAAGAUAGAUAAAACGAAUGCAAACGACGAAUUAUGUCGUGCAACCGACCUCGAUGAUUUGAUCUUUCAAUGGAAACAAGGCAAACCGCUAGAAGUAGACGCCUUCGCUCUUAACGUAUCUCCAUGGUCACUUGCAAAGACAUUGACCCUCUUAGAAUCUUCUCUUUACUUGAAUAUUGAAACAAUAGAGUUUACAAGAUAUUUCAGACACAAUGAUACAACAAUUGACUCUGUGUUUACGCUUUCAAACCAGUUAUCAUCCUACGUUCUUGAGACAACUUUGCAGCACACACACACCAUUUCCUACUGGUUACAAGUCGCAUUGUCUUGUCUAUACUUGCGGAACUUAAACUCACUUGCUUCAAUCAUCACAUCGUUGCAAAAUCAUUCGAUAGAAAGACUCUCUCUUCCGGUGGAUCCUAAAUCAGAUCACCUUUUUCAGCGCCUGAAAGUCGUUGUACAUCCCAACAACAACUAUAACGUUUAUAGAAGCACAAUUAAACAUAUUUCCCACAGUCAACUACCUUGUGUGCCGUUUACAUCGCUACUUAUCAGAGACAUUACAUUCAUAAGAGACGGAAACGAUACAUUCGCUAAAGACGGAAAUCACGUAAACAUGCAGAAAUUCAACCAAAUUACAAAGAUAAUAGCUUUUGCACAAUAUUUACAACAAAAACAGUAUGACGAUAUACACUGUUCAAAUACUAUUGCUAGGAGCCUAUUAGGUGCCAUGAUAAAAGUGCAUAGUUUAUAUAAAGACAACAAAGACAGGGCCUAUCAAGUCAGUAUAGCCAAAGUUCCAAGACUUACAUAA